CCUGCCCCCCACCUGCAGCUGGGGCUCAGGGUUGAUGCUGCACCGUCGGGGACCAGUUUGCAGGAUGACAGCCCAGCCCCAGCUGGAGCUAUAAACUUCAACCAGCCACAAGAGUGUGCAUGUGAGGUGACUGCAACAUUUUUCCUGCCAAACCAGAAUUAGCCGGUAUAGGAAUGAAAGAGUGUGGAGACUUGGACGCUCAGCUCUUACCCAAGCACCCCCGAGCCCCCGGGCUCCGAGGGGCAAAGGGCUGAGGGCGGCGGGGACCACCUCCUCCUGCUCGGACCGGCCGGGGGCUGCGGCCAAGCAGAGCUGGAGGACCAGGGCACCGCAGCUCCAGGAUGAGAGGCUCCGCUGCAACCAGGCUCAGCGUUCGGGGGCUCUGGGGGCAACAGCGAGGAGCUGGGGAGCCUAAGACUAGUGCCUUGUGAAGCAGCCGACCCCGGGCUGGUCGGGAGCGAAUAUUGUAGAAAAUGUACACGAGUCAUGAAGAUAUUGGGUACGAUUUUGAAGAUGGGCCAAGAGAAAAGACACAGAAACCUAAUCCCAACAUCGAUGGAGGAUGGGCCUGGAUGAUUGUCCUUUCUUCUUUCGUGGUGCACAUACUCAUCAUGGGGUCCCAGAUGGCACUGGGUGUACUGAAUAUGGAAUGGCUCGAAGAAUUCCGUCAGAGUCGAGGCUUGACCGCCUGGGUUAGCUCCCUCAGCAUGGGGAUCACGCUUAUUGUGGGACCUUUCAUUGGCUUGUUCAUUAACACGUGUGGCUGCCGCAAGACUGCAAUAAUUGGAGGGAUUCUGAAUGCCCUGGGCUGGGUCCUCAGUGCCUACGCGACCAAUGUGCAUUAUCUCUUUAUCACAUUCGGAGUGGCAGCUGGGUUUGGCAGCGGUAUGGUCUAUCUGCCUGCGGUGGUCAUGGUGGGACAGUACUUCCAGAAGAGGCGAGCCCUUGCUCAGGGGCUUAGUACAACUGGGACCGGGUUUGGUACCUUUCUCAUGACCGUCUUACUGAAAUAUCUUUGCUCUGAAUAUGGAUGGCGGAGCGCAAUGUUCAUCCAAGGGGCCGUCUCCUUGAACCUGUGUGUUUGUGGCGCACUCAUGAGACCACUGGCUCCCAGUGAGGCCCAGAGCAAGAAAAUCCUCAAAAGCAAAGGUGGGGAGAGAGACCUCAAGCUCCCUCUGUCCCCUUCAGCCGAAUCCAUAAAAUCAAAUGGGCACCUGAACAAAGCGGAAGAGAAAGAAGACGGGCCGGUGAAGGAAGAGAUGCUCAGUAAUUCCCCGGUUCCGGAGAGCAAAGGCAAAGACGGAGUUCGACUUGGAAAGAAUAUGUACGCUCUCCGGAUUCUCAAGUUAGUGAGCCGACUGACCCUUAGAAUCAGGAAGGGCUUCUGGGACUGGUACUCAAGCUAUUUCGGAGCCGCGUCCCUAUUUACCAAUCGCAUGUUUGUAGCCUUUAUCUUCUGGGCUCUCUUCGCCUAUAGCAGCUUUGUCAUUCCGUUUAUUCAUCUCCCAGAAAUAGUCAAGCUGUACAAUCUGUCUGAACAAAACGAUGUUUUCCCCUUGACCUCAAUCAUAGCAAUAGUUCACAUCUUUGGCAAAGUGAUCCUUGGAAUCGUGGCUGACCUGCCCUGCAUCAGCGUUUGGAAUGUCUUCCUGAUGGCUAACUUGAGUCUCGUCAUCAGCAUCCUUAUUCUGCCGCUGAUGCACACCUAUGCCAGCCUGGCGGCAAUGUGCGCCCUGAUAGGCUUUUCCAGUGGGUAUUUCUCCCUGAUGCCCGUGGUGACUGAAGAUUUGGUGGGCAUAGAACACCUCGCAAAUGCUUACGGCAUCAUCAUUUGUGCCAAUGGAAUAUCUGCGUUGCUGGGACCACCAUUUGCAGGUUGGAUCUACGACAUCACCCAAAAAUAUGAUUUUUCCUUCUAUAUAUGUGGUUUACUUUACAUGGUGGGAAUGCUCUUUUUACUCAUCCAACCUUGUAUCCAACUAAAGGAACAACCAAGAAAAAAAUACAUAGAAGGCACGCAUGUCUAGUACCACUUGAAAUGGAGACAACUGCUGUUGGCAUCCUGUGACUGGUCUGAAGAACAAAGGUAUCUCAUUUGGGGCACUACUCGGGCAGGCGCUGUUCUGAAUGCCAGCUGAGUUUAUACAGAUGACAUGAUACAUCAAAGCUUGGCUAUUCAAGAAUUUCCAGAAACAUCCUCAUAAAAGCAAACACCUUAUCUCACAUAGGGCCCUCAGAGGUCACUAUUUUUUUUUAAAGAGAGAGAGAAGUUAAAAAAAAAACCCUCACCUUUUUACAAUCACUUUCUUUGUGAGCUGGGGAGGCGGGGGAAAGAAAAAUUUAUCAGACUACUUACCAUAAGCAGGCUGAUAAAUCAGUUUGUAAGCACAAGUCUCCGACUAGAUUUCUGAAUUAACUCUUGCCUGUAGAGAGAAUCGCUGGUGUAUCAAUGUAAAAAUAAGACUGGCAUAUGCUCAAGAUUCAAGUAGUUUUAUACGAUUUAAAAAAUGUUUCUACAAUAAAGAAAUGAAUGCAAUUUAUAUUUUUCUCAAUAAAUUCUGAAGAUUAGAAUAGCAUCACUCACAAAGAUGAUCUUGAUACAUUUUCAAUAGGGAAAAAUAGUCAUACGCAACUAGUAAACCAAGGGCUACUGCAUUUUAGGCACUUUGACUCUGAUAAUGCCUGUCCCAGUUUUAAGGGCAAAACUUUAGGAAAGUAAAAACUAGGGGAUAGGAGUGAGGUUGGGAGUGGGGGGAGCCUGUGUCAUAGCUUCCUUGUAUAUAAAAUUCAGAAUCCCUUAUGACCAUCCCAAAAGGACUGUCGUGAAGAUAAACUGUUAAGUCUUAGAAAAACUCCUUGCCAACACAAUAAGGCAAAAAAAAAAAAUUGAUCUUCAAUGAUAAAGUGAUGUUAUACAUGUGUGUCCCUGGCAAUACCAAAAUUUUUAAAACUAGCUAGCUCUUCAGUCUGGUGAUUCCCAUUACCAAGCAGAUAAUCCAUUUAAUUGUAUUCCCAACAGUUUUGUAAGUAGUUCCCUUGACCAGCUUCUGAACAAAAGAGCUGCCAUAUAUGACAUUGGAUCAGGCUCUCCCUGAAUCAUCAAACUUUAAAGCUACAAGAUGCCUUACCAGCUACCUAACCCAGGAGCUUUAAACUAUCUUAUGGGAAUCCCUGGAGUUGGUUGUACCCAAUAUAAUAGAGGUCCCAUAAGAAAACUUGAAUUUCAGUGAUAUUUUCCUUUUUAAAAUCAUAUGAAACCACAUAUGUGUCCAAAACACUAUGUAUGACAUUUGGGGUGUGAGAGAGUAUGAAAAUUGGGUUAGUUUCCUUUUCUGUGCUAAAAUUUCCCUAAACCCUCUUUAUGCUAGAGAUAAUCUAAAUGGCAACUGAGUUUUGAGAUGAAUUCCAAAACACUAGAAGAGAAAAAAAAAAAGUCCAAGCUAAGAACCAUUCAUUUAUCAAUAGUUAAAUGUUUGGGAAGGGUCGUUUCAUCUCCUGUUUGGGGAUGGUGUUUAUGGAUUCUGUCAAUACAUUUCAAGACAAGUAUUCCAUGUUAAAAAUAGUUUGGAAAACACUCAUCUAGUCCAACCUUCUCAUUUAAUAAGGGAGCAAACCAAGGCUCAGAGAGGAUAAGUGGCUUAAUCAAAGCCACAAACCUAAUUAAGAGCAAAAUUGGGACUAGAUAGGAGAUCUCCCAACUCCCACUCCAUUGCCUGCAGUCCUAUAUACCGCACUGCCCUCAACAAUCCAUUUUUCUAAGUCAAAUCUUUAUUGGAUUGCAGAAUGCUCCAAAAAACAUUUUGGAAAUUUCUGGCUGCCUUAACUGUUUACAUAUAGCUUAGCACUAUAUAAUAUUUCUACUAAAAUGUUUCCCAUUACAAAAUCAUUUUGGUUCCUCAGUGCCUGAGAACACAGUAAAAUGUGUCUAAGGUACUUGAAUCUUGCUUAUUCAUGGUAAUAUAAGACAGAAAUAGCUCUGAGAAUAUACAUACAUAUAUAUAUAUAUGUGUGUGUGUGUGUACAUACACACAUAGAAAUAUAUACAUAUAUGCAUGUAUAUGUGUAUGUGUACAUAUUUAUGUCUAUGUAUAUACCCACAUAUAUUUAUAUGUGUGUAUGUAUAUACACACAUAUAUUUGUAUGUGUGCAUAUAUUUAAAUAACCAAACCUAAUUUUAGCCAAUAGCUUCAGUCUUCUCUUCUACCAAACCUUUCACUAGAACUGUUGGCAGAUAAUAAAAUGGGCUUAUUUCUCUCAUUUCUGUUUUUUCUUGCCCGACUCUCUGGUAAAAAGGGUUGAACAGUAAAAUGAACAAGAGAGAGACAGUCAAUGAAAAGGAGAAAUGAAGGCACUUCAGCUGCCAGUAAUCAAAAGUUGCCCAAUCUGUAGAAAAGAUUGCAUGUGACACUCUAUUGAGUUCAGUGCUUGUUAUCAUUAUUAGUUUUGUCACUGUUAAAAGCAAGGUGACUUAAGUAUUUGAGCCUCUUCUGUAUAGUUAACAUAGAGUUAGGCAUAUAACCAAUAGCAUGGAAAAACUAAUCAUUUUAGGACAUUACUUAAAUUUUCUGAUGAAACCAAAUAAACAAGGGAUGAUAUUGCCGACCGUAUCACUGGUGCUAAAGCUAAUGCAUUCCAAUGCACACACCAUUGGCUUUCUAUCGCCCAGAGGAAGUAUAGAGCAUAUAGUAUUUUUUCCCCUAACUGCCUGUGCUUCAACUAUUUUGAAGGUCAGGUUGUUCAGGUCCAGUGUGUUAUAGUUGUUCAUUGAGUAAACAUCUGUAUGGAAAUAAUGAUUUCUAUCAAAUUGUUAAAAUUUGCUUUAUUAAAAAAACAAAAUUUGCUCACAGUCUUAUUUUUUAAAAUAUAUAUUCACAUGUAUUGUACAUGAUUUAAUGAGAAUGCCACAAAAAUUAAGUAGAGCACACAUGUGAUUCUUCCUGCUGAAUACAUUCUAUGAUUUCAAGUGAUCAGAAGACUAUUAUGGGGAUGGAGGGGGGGCUCACUGUAUAUUUAUAUCAUUUGUUUUAUAAUUUGUCUCUAUAGAUACAAAUGAUUUUUUUUAGAUAUGACUGAAAUAAAAUUUGUCUUCUUAAGAGA